GUUGGUAUGGAGAGAAUGGGAGAGGAUUGGCCAACCUGCUCCAAACGCCCUUGAGAACCACUGGGGUGGAGUCGGACAAGGUGCUGCAUAGCCCGGACACCAGAUCUCUGUACAUUUGGAAGCUGUCUGUGGUGAAACAGAACAAAGAUGUCUUUCUUCAGGAAGUUCUUCAAAAAUGUCAUCCACGACAGGCACCCGGAUGAGGACACCAUCACAGUCAAAGGUAAACCCAAGCCUCGGUUUUAUGGAACAGUUGCCCCAUACCCGCACUUCAGCGCCAGCAGUGACGCUGCAUCUCUUGAGAAAGCCAUCGAAACUAAAGGAGUGGACGAGGACGUGAUUAUUGCAGUUUUGGUGAAGAGAAGCAAUGAACAGAGGCAGCAGAUCAAAGAAGUCUAUGAGGCAUCCACCGGGGAGCCUUUGGUAGAUGCUCUGAAAUCAUCCCUGAGGUCACAUCUGGAGGACACGGUUCUGGCUCUGCUCAUGACCCCUGCUCAGUUUGAUGCCCACCAACUCAGACAAGCCACUAAGGGUCUAGGCACUGAUGAGGAGGUCCUGGUGGAGAUUCUUGCAUCUCGGUCCAACCAGGAGAUUCAAGAAAUCAAGAGGGUCUUCAAAGAAGAGUACGAGGAAGAGCUGGAGGACCUGAUGAAGAGUGAGACCAGCGGAGACUUCACGUUGGCCCUCAUGGCCAUGCUGAAGGCUACCAAGGAUGAGGACAGUGAAGUGGACUUGAACCUUGCCAAACGGGAUGCCCAUGCUCUUUUCGAGGCGGGUGAGUCCGUCAAAGGAACCGAUGUGUCGCUCUUUAUCGAUAUCCUGACGAGCCGGAGCAGUCCUCAGCUCUGCAAAACAUUCCAGAUGUAUGGCAGCGUCAGUGAUGUCAGCUUACCAAAAGCUCUGGACAUGGAGCUGAGGGGAGACAUCGAAGACUGCUUGAUUGAUAUCGUGAAGUGUGCCUGGAGCAAGCCUGCUUUCUUUGCUGAGAAGCUCCAUCUGGCUAUGAAGGGCCAUGGCACAUGUGAAGACACCUUGAUCAGGGUGUUGGUGAGUCGCUCGGAGAAGGACUUGAAGAAGGUCAUGGAAGAGUACAAAACUAUGUAUGGAAGGAGUCUACAGGAGGACAUAUUGGAUGACACGAAAGGACAUUAUGAGAAGAUCCUGCUUGAGCUGUGUGGACCUCACUGAGGGAUCCUGCAGCCACUUCAAACUGGAAGCUAAUCUGUUCCAGUUAUAUACUCACCUCUCUCAUAAGAGAGUGGCUGCAGAAUUAAUGCUUUCUUUUUGUUGUUAAUAUGAAUUUUAAGAAUUGAAAUGAACAUAACAGUAACUAAUCCUGCUUCACAGAGUGAUGUUCCAAUAAAUCAGUAAACCUUCA